AAAAGACCGUGGAGGACAAAGAGGCAACACAAUAACGUAAACAACUGGGCAAAUCCUUGAAUUUGUAAAUUGCUAAUGCUAUUUACCAGUACCAAUACCAUGCAUGACUUUUAUAAAUGAUGUGGUUGACCUAAUAAAAUAGGAGUUCAUAGUCCUCAAUUUUAACAAUAUUUGUUGACACGGUGUUGAAAUGGUAGUGCUAGAAGACUAAUCCACCAGUUUGCUUAAUCAGAAGUACAAAGCUUCUCAACGAGCCAACUUUAUUCCAAGUGACAAUUCUUUUUUUGACAAAUUGAAGGUAAGCAAGAAUCAUUCCAUUUUUUUUUCCUAGUAACUGCUCCACCACUUAAUUAAGCAAUCAUAAUAUAAAAGAAGCUCAUCAAAACUCAGCUCCAACUUUUUAUGGAGUUUUUCAUCAAAGCAAAAUUCAUUAGGCUCAGAAGCCAUCACAACAAGUACCUGAUAGCAGGGUCAGAUGGUGAGUCAGUCAAGCAGAGCAAACACGGGAACACUAGGCAGGCCCGUUGGAUAGUCGAGGUAGUCCAAGACAAGCCCAACACUAUCCGCCUUCGGAGCUGCUAUGACAAGUUCCUGACCGCCUCAGAGGAGCCCUUCCUGUUGGGCUGGACAGGAAAGAAGGCACUGCAGACCGCGCAGACAGACAGCAAUCUGUCAGUACAAUGGCAGCCCAUAGGUGAAGAUUUUUAUGUCAAGCUGCAGUCCCCAAUAACGGGGAAGUUCCUCAGAGCCAACGCAGGGACUCCACCUUGGAGGAACACGGUGACAGUGGAUGUACCCGAGAGGAAAGCCACACAAGAUUGGGUGAUUUGGGUAGUGGAUAUUCUAGAUGAUGAUGUAGCAAUUGUUGAUUAUGGUAAAUGUUCUUGGCCAAGGAAUUCCAAGACCUUAUUCCAUACUAAUAAGGGUAUCGAAUAUAACAAGACUUCUUAUUCACUCGCUGAUAAUGCAACUUGGUAUAAUAGUUCUAGAUCAUCUGUUGAAGACGAAAGUGAUCAGUCACGACAGUCAUCAGUAUCAUCAGGCUCAUCUACAUCUUCUGCUUCUGUUGUUGCUUACAAGAGUAGUACUGGAAUGGAGUUAUUUCAAAAUGCAAAAACAGUGCGUCUACGCAGCCACAACGACAAGUACUUAAUCGCCGAAGACGACGGGGAGUCCGUCUGCCAAGACCGUCACGGGGGGUCAAAGUACGCACGAUGGACAGUCGAGUAUGUAAAAUCGGUGGAAGGUGUCGAUCUUGUAAGAUUUAAAGGCUGUUACGACAAAUAUUUAACAGCAACAGACGACGAGUUUUUGCUAGGUGUUACAGGUAAGAAGGUGAAACAAACUUUACCGAGACGGCUCGAUUCGUCUAUCGAAUGGGAGCCUAUGAGGGACGGAAUGCAGGUGAAGUUGAAGACGAGGUACGGUAAUUUUUUAAGGGCGAAUGGCGGGUUACCGCCGUGGCGAAACUCGAUAACGCAUGAUGUUCCUAGUAGGAGUCAUACGCAGGAUUGGAUAUUGUGGGAGAUUGAGGUUUUAGAGGUUUAUGAUGUUGUGCAACAAGUUGUUAAAGAUGUUGAGGAUGUUGAUAGUAAGUUGGAGAGGUGUGAGUCUCAGUUUGAUGCUUCUACUUUUCUCACUUCUUUUUCUGGGCCUGCUGAAUUUAGUACUUCGGGUGUGAUAAAUGAAGGCCGUGUUAUACAUUAUAAUGUUGUGGAUGAUGAUGGAAAUAUUGUUGAUGAAGAGGGAGAACGCUCAGUAGAUUUCAAAGGGAGUGGAGUUCAGGAGCUUACUCAGAUGUUAGAGGAAGAGACAGGGUUAACAGAGGUUACAUUAUGCUCGCGCAGUCCUUUGAAUGGAAAGCUCUAUCCAAUGCGGCUGGCUCUUCCUCCUAAUCAUGUGAAAUUGCAUGUUUUUGUUGUACCAUCAUCUUCCAAAGCUGCAGCAGAUUUCGACUUGAGUUGAGUGGCUUGCCAAUUCCGUAAUCAACUUUACCAAGCAUAUACAGACGCGGUUAAAGAACAGGAUGCUUAAUUUGUACAUAGCUCCAAAUAUAAUGGAACUAGCCUUUUGGUCUACCAGGAUCAAGUUCUUGGGAGCUUAAUGGAAUUUACUUUGGAAGGCAGCUUGUUUUGCAUUUCUUCAACUUAUUGGUCGUGACUUCAAAUUGCGAUGUAUAAUUGAAUGUUUUGCCUUUGAUGCAUGAGAGAUAAGUCCGUUAGAAAUUUGGUUUAUAGACUAGUUUAUGUACCUUCAACCAUUGUAAACGAAUUAUAGAUCAUGUUUUACCAUAAUCAUUGUACUUAAUUUUGUAGUUGAUGUUUAAUGCUAGUGAAUAAUUGUGCUAGCUAUCUAUACUUGUUGGUAUUUAAAAACAAAAACCAUCAUCCCUAUAAUGUCA